AACCCUGCCACAUUUGUGAAUGUAAUGAUAGGAAGUGUGUCACAUGAUAAAAACAAAACAAAAUGGCGGCAAGUAGAGAUGGAAACAGUGUGCUCAUUCUGGGAGGUAGUGGAUUUAUUGGAAGAAAUUUUGUGGAUUAUUUAGUCAGAAACAACUUGUCCAAGAAGAUACGAGUAGUUGAUAAAGUUCCACCUCAGAUGGCAUGGCUCAACCCACGACAUGCUGAAUCAUUUGCAAGUCCGGUAGUUGAAUUCUGUCACGCUAACCUUAUCAAUAAAGCAUCAGCAGAAAAAGUGUUCUGUUGUGACGAUGGCGAGUUUGAUUUUGUCAUCAAUUUUGCUGCAGAAACCAAGCACGGGCAGAGUGAGCCGGUGUAUAAAGAAGGAAUCUACAGACUGAGCCUGAACUGUGCUGAACUGGCAGCCCAGCAUAAAGUGAAGAGAUACAUUGAAGUGUCCACUGCACAGAUCUAUACACAUGACAAGAAACCAGCCAGGGAAGAAUCUAAACUGGAACCGUGGACCAAUCUAGCGCGGCACAAGCUGGACGUUGAAAAGGCUCUGGAGAGUUUUGUUGAUUUAAAUUACGUCAUAGUUCGCCCAGCCAUUGUGUAUGGGUUGGGGGACAGGAAUGGACUAACUCCUCGACUGAUUAUUGGUGCUAUUUACAAGUACAUGAUGCAGAAAAUGCAGAUGCUGUGGACCAAAGACCUGAAGAUGAACACCGUUCAUGUUGACGAUGUGGUCAGAGCAGUGUGGCAUCUGUGUUUCCAUGGCAACAGGGGUCAGGCUUACAACCUAGCUGAUAAGGGUGACACUACUCAGGGAGUCAUCAGCAGCCUCAUCUCCGAGUUGUUUGACAUCAACUAUGAUUUCCUAGGCUCAGUCUUCUCCAACCUAGCCAGGGUGCGAAUGACGGACAUUGUAGAUGAUAUCAAUGAGAAACACAUGCGUCCUUGGUCAGAUGCAUGCCAGAGGGACCAGGUGGCCAACACUCCACUCAACCCAUUUAUAGACCAGGAACUCUUGUACAACAAAUACCUGUUUGUGGAUGGCUCUAAGAUUGAGACCACUGGUUUUUCCUACAAUGUCCCACGUUUAGAGAUGGCUAGUUUAAAGGCGGUUUUAGACGAUUACAUCACCCUGGGCCUGAUGCCCAGGAGCCUAGUCAGCAACGAGGUCUUCUACACACCAUCAGACAACGACGCUGCCAGCCUGGAUGCCGGUGGCGACGGUGACACUGGUGGUGAUGGUGACGACGACAGCGUGGGCCACGGCAGUGCCGCCAGUUGACACAACCUGACGUAGCGCCAUACGUCAAUACUCUAAAACUUCUCCAAGGGGGUGUGGGUAACAGCUGUCUGUGAAUUACAAGUCCAUUUGUGUCGUAUCACUUACCUCUGGUCACGCUGGCUAAUGCUGCGAGCUUUCAUUCACUGUUAAGUCAUAUCAGUGAGGCUGGGUGUAGAUUGAAUUUUUAAACUGCUGGCGUCCAUGUUACAUUAUAUUUUUAAACCUUUGUUUCUUUUUUCCUUUGAUCCCGAAGCGUUUGAUUGCAGAUCUGUGUUAACUUUAGCAACUAUGUGGUGAUAUUCUAUCCAUGUUUGCUCAGUUGUUGAACUUUUAUCUACUUACCUACUUAAGAUUUUAUAUAUAUAGUUUAAUCAAGUUUUGACUUUAGAAAUAUCUUUCCUUUAAAACUUUAUUAGAUGCUUAGUUAGGUCUAAGAUUUUUCUAGAAAAUAUGUUGGUAGUGAGGAAUAAAGUUAAUAACUCUUGACUCCUCUUUGUAAUAGAUACACAAUUUUAAA